UGUCAAUUUACGAGAGAACGCACAAGAUAUAGUCACUUACAAAUCUUCGAGAAUAUCAACAUACGCAACCAGUCGGAAUUUCGUGAAAAGUUGCUAGAAAACGUUACUGCAAGUGACAACCUUUACAGAACACCGCCCAGGAUUAACACUAUAGUGUACAGAUAUCCACCAUGGCACAAACCAUGAAACCGUAUCCGGAGCCCUAUCCACAGCAAAACCCACGGUAUGGAUACGACCAAGGACCUCAGCCCUCAACAUGUCAAGCGCAGCCCUACGUCAUGGUACCCACCCAGCAAGCGUACCCGGAAGCCUAUCCCCAGCAAACCCUGCUGUAUCAGUAUGGGUACGGUCAAGGACCUCUACCCUCCAACAAUCCAGCGCAACAAGCACAGGUGAUUGUGAACCAGCCCUUUCCAGUAGUCAGCACUGUACAUGUGUUUGGCCCUGCCCAGCCGAAACCGCCAAACUUCAUGGCACUGUCCAUCUUUGUGAUUUUAUGCUGCUGCUUUCCAAUUGGGAUAAUUGCCCUUAAAUAUUCAAUGCUAUCUGACAGCGUGUACUACAAGGGAGAUGUAGAGGGCGCCCGGGAAAAAGCCAAGACAGCCCUAGUGAUCAACAUUGUUGGCAUAGUGUUUGGCGUCUUAAUAAUCACUCUAGUCCUGGUGUUUAAUAUCGUUGAGGUUUAUCCUUAGUAUACUGUGUCACGAAGCGCCAGCAAUUAUACGGAUUGUGAAGUUACAGGUGCUACCGUUCGCAGUUGAUUUAUGAGUAAGGCCUUAUUUUCCUUCCUAUGAGAUGUUUUAUUGGUAAACAACUGUUCUAAAUUUAUAGUCCAUUUAUACACAGCUUUGGGGGUCAACGAGAUCCAUGACACAAUGGUUAUCAUAAAUGCUCAAAUAAUAUUUUUCUGUUAUUUAUUAACUAUAGCACAUUGUAAAACGCCACAGCUUCGAUGAGUUUCUCUUAUCUACCAGCAUUUAUAUAUAUAU